AGGAACCCGACCUAAAGAUUGACGAACACCCACUGCUCUCUGCUACCUCUUUCUUGUCCUCGCAUUGAUCUCACUUCUCACACGACAACAACCCAUUCUUCUUUCUUCCCCCAAAUCAAUCCCUUCACAUUUCUUUCUUUAUUUUAUUCUUGGUUUUUGUUCUCCCAAGGCUGAACCCCUCUCUCUCUCUCUCUCCAACAAUCAUCUAUACCCACUUAGGUAUCCCAGCCCCUUACGACACCGUUUCCACCUAUUCCUUCUUCACUCUGAAAACCUCAGCUGUUUUCCUAUCCUAUCUUUUUCUUGUUUUCUUCUCUGUUUUAUUCGAAUUACACCGAUUUUCUGAGUCCCGAUUCUGAUCGUUGCCGAGGAGGACUAGUUCUAACACCAAUCAGCGUUUUUGUUGGUCCAUGCUACUUUUGAGCUAGAAACUUUGAGGUGGCGUAGUAUGGUUAACUCUCUCUACCUUACAAGGAGGAGCAAACGUAACGCUUCUAUUCUUUGAUAAGGGAGAGGUUAAUCUUCCACUAUGUCUUCACUUCAACUGUUGCAACUAACUAAGCAUGGCCAGAAUUUUCUGGCUUCAAGGAGGAAAACGUUACUGUUUGCAACUGGUAUCUUCGUUGCUGGUGGAACAGCUGCAUAUAUGCAAUCAAGGUCAAGGUUUAAUAGACGUGAUUUAGGUCAUUGUAACGGGCACAAUGAUGAUAACCAAGUCACAACAGAGGAGGUUGUGAAGGGUUCUACAGCAUCAAAAAAUAAACAAAAGAAAGGGGGGUUGAAGUCUCUUCAAGUCCUUGCUGCAAUUCUUCUAUCUGAGAUGGGCAAAUUAGGUGCAAGGGACCUUUUAGCUUUAGUUGGCAUAGUGGUGUUUCGAACUGCUUUGAGCAACAGGCUAGCAAAAGUGCAAGGCUUCCUAUUUCGUGCUGCAUUUCUUCGACGAGUGCCAUUGUUUUUUCAGCUUAUUUCAGAAAAUAUUCUUUUGUGCUUCCUCUUAUCAACCAUGCACUCUACAUCAAAGUACAUAACAGGGACUUUGAGCCUGCAUUUCAGAAAAAUAUUGACGAAGCUAAUCCAUUCCCACUAUUUUGAGAACAUGGUGUAUUACAAAAUAUCACAUGUAGAUGGUCGGAUAAAUAACCCAGAGCAAAGAAUUGCCAGCGAUGUGCCAAGGUUCUGUUCAGAAUUGAGUGAAAUUGUACAGGAUGAUCUAACGGCAGUUGCUGAUGGACUUCUAUACACAUGGAGGCUGUGUUCAUAUGCUAGCCCAAAAUAUGUCUUCUGGAUAUUGGCCUAUGUACUUGGAGCUGGUGCUGCAAUCAGAAACUUCUCCCCUUCAUUUGGGAAACUUAUGUCUAAAGAGCAGCAAUUGGAGGGAGAAUAUCGACAGCUUCACUCACGAUUAAGGACUCACUCAGAAAGUAUAGCAUUUUAUGGGGGAGAGAAGAGGGAAGAAUCUCAUAUUCAACAGAAGUUUAAGAACUUGGUUAGACACAUGAAUGUUGUGCUACAUGACCAUUGGUGGUUUGGCAUGAUUCAGGACUUUUUGUUGAAGUACCUUGGUGCUACUGUUGCCGUUAUAUUGAUCAUAGAACCUUUCUUUUCUGGUCAUCUAAGGCCUGACAGUUCAACUCUAGGGCGUGCAGAGAUGUUAAGCAAUCUAAGAUAUCAUACAAGUGUCAUAAUUUCUCUGUUUCAGUCUCUAGGAACUCUUUCUAUCAGUGCAAGACGGCUUAAUCGUCUCAGUGGGUAUGCUGAUCGCAUUUAUGAGUUGAUGGCUGUAUCAAGGGACCUAAGCAUGGUUGAUGAGAAAUCUUCACUGCAAAGGAAAGGAAGCAAAAAUUUCUUAAGUGAAGCUAACUAUAUUGAAUUUUCUGGUGUCAAGGUUGUCACCCCCACUGGUAAUGUCUUGGUGGACGAUCUGACCCUUAGGGUUGAGUCAGGAUCUAAUCUUUUGAUUACAGGUCCAAAUGGCAGUGGAAAGAGCUCGCUUUUCCGUGUUCUAGGCGGUCUUUGGCCGUUGAUAUCUGGACAUAUUGUAAAACCAGGCAUUGGUGCUGAUCUCAACAAGGAGAUAUUCUAUGUGCCACAAAGGCCGUACACUGCUGUGGGAACACUUCGUGAUCAAUUAAUUUAUCCUCUCACUGCAGAUCAAGAGGUUGAACCACUCACAGAAAGUGGUAUGGUGGAGCUAUUGAAAAAUGUUGACCUUGAAUACCUGUUGGACCGUUACCCACCUGAAAAAGAGGUAAACUGGGGCGACGAACUUUCAUUGGGUGAACAGCAGAGAUUGGGCAUGGCUAGACUUUUCUACCAUAAGCCAAAAUUUGCAAUUCUUGAUGAGUGCACUAGUGCUGUCACUACUGAUAUGGAAGAACGGUUUUGUGCUAAAGUACGGGCAAUGGGAACAUCAUGCAUUACCAUAUCACAUCGUCCGGCUUUAGUUGCAUUCCACGAUGUGGUUUUGUCAUUGGAUGGUGAAGGAGGGUGGAGUGUUCAUUACAAAAGGGAGGACUCUUCGACUGAAGUGGGGGUCAAUACAAUGAAGGCAUCUGAGACAAAACGACGGAGUGAUGCAAAAGCAGUUCAACGUGCAUUUUCCAUGAGCAAGAAGGAUUAUGCAUUCUCAAAUUCAAAGGCUCAGUCAUAUAUUGCAAAAGUGAUAGCAUCAUCUCCGUCUAAAAAUAAUGCUGUUUCACCCUCUGCUGUGCCCCAACUUCGUGGUAAUACAAGGGUAUUACCAUUGAGGAUAGCUGCAAUGUGCAAAGUAUUGGUACCCACCGUGUUUGAUAAACAAGGUGCACAACUGCUUGCUGUAGCUUUUCUUGUUAUUUCAAGAACAUGGGUUUCAGACCGUAUUGCAUCGUUGAAUGGUACCACUGUGAAGUUUGUUUUGGAGCAGGAUAAAGCUGCCUUUAUUCGGUUGAUUGGUUUAAGUGUUCUACAAAGUGCUGCAUCAUCUUUCAUUGCACCUUCUAUAAGACACUUGACAGCUAGGCUAGCUCUUGGGUGGCGGAUUCGUUUGACACAGCAUCUACUCAAGAACUACUUGAGAAACAAUGCAUUCUACAAGGUCUUCCACAUGGCAAGCAAAAACAUUGACGCAGAUCAGAGGAUAACUCAUGACUUGGAGAAGUUAACAACAGACUUGUCUGGACUGGUCACUGGAUUGGUAAAACCAUCUGUGGAUAUCUUGUGGUUCACAUGGAGAAUGAAGCUGUUAACUGGUCAGAGGGGAGUUGCAAUACUCUAUGCUUAUAUGUUACUUGGUCUAGGAUUUCUAAGAACUGUUACUCCUGAUUUUGGUGAUUUGAUAAGCCAAGAACAACAACUUGAAGGAACCUUCAGGUUCAUGCAUGAAAGACUCUGUACUCAUGCUGAAUCUGUUGCUUUCUUUGGAGGUGGUGCCCGAGAAAAGGCUAUGGUUGAAUCAAGGUUCAAAGAGCUUCUCACCCACUCCAAGUACCUUCUAAAAAAGAAGUGGUUGUUUGGUAUACUGGAUGAUUUUAUCACCAAGCAACUCCCUCAUAAUGUCACUUGGUUGCUGAGCUUGUUGUAUGCCAUGGAACAUAAGGGAGACCGUGCAUCAAUAAAUACUCAGGGUGAGCUGGCACAUGCAUUGAGGUUCUUAGCAUCUGUUGUUUCUCAAAGCUUUUUAGCUUUCGGUGACAUCCUUGAACUGAAUAGAAAGUUUGUAGAGCUCUCUGGUGGUAUUAAUCGGAUUUUUGAGCUUGAAGAACUAUUGGAGGCAGCACAGUCUGGGAAUAUGAUUGAUGCUGAUACGUAUCCAGUUAGAGAUUCUCAUUCUAAAGAUGUUAUUUCCUUUUCAAAAGUUGAUAUUGUCACUCCUACUCAAAAGAUGUUGGCCAGAGAGUUGACAUGUGACAUUGCGCUUGGCGGAAGUCUGCUCGUUACUGGUCCAAAUGGUAGUGGGAAAAGUUCCAUUUUCAGAGUUCUUAGAGGACUUUGGCCAAUUGCAAGUGGAAGACUAUCUAGACCAUCUGAAGGUGAGGAUCAAGAGGCUGGAUCAGGUUGUGGCAUUUUCUAUGUUCCUCAGCGUCCCUAUACUUGCCUGGGAACCCUGCGUGAUCAAAUUAUAUAUCCCCUGUCCCGUGAGGAAGCAGAAGUUAAAGCAUUGAAGAUCUACGGAAAAGGUAAUAGUCAACUUGCCAGACAUGUGUUGGAUUCACACUUACAAGUUAUCCUAGAGAAUGUUCGGUUGAAUUAUCUUCUAGAGAGGGAGAAGAGUGGCUGGGAUGCAACUUUAAACUGGGAAGAUAUUCUCUCUCUCGGAGAACAACAGAGGCUAGGCAUGGCACGGUUGUUCUUCCAUAAGCCUAAAUUUGGCAUCCUUGACGAGUGCACCAAUGCCACUAGUGUUGAUGUUGAAGAACACUUAUAUGGGCUUGCAAAGGAGAUGGGAAUCACAUUUGUUACUUCUUCGCAACGUCCUGCAUUAAUACCCUUCCAUUCCUUGGAACUACGACUGAUUGAUGGUGAGGGCAACUGGGAGCUUCGUUUGAUCAAGCAAUGAUGUUACUUAUGGUAUUGUUGCUGUUCAUUACAUUGUUGUUAUGUGACAUGUUGCUGGGUCUUGAACUUGAACAUACUGUCCAAUUGCAAGUGGAAAUUAUAUUUCCCAACAACAGUCGUUCAUAUUUUCUCUGAUUUUGGGUUUACCACAUUGUCCAAGCCUUAUUUUUUUGCUCCAAAGACUUUGUGGUGCCAAAACAAACAAACCAAAGAACCAACCAAAAUGGUUUGAUGGUACGUUGGAGCACAACAAAACCAUGUCAAAAUGUUUGCAGCAUAUAGAAAUCAAUGUGUACAGGAUUUUCCCUCUAUUCUUAGGUAGGUGAUAUUUAUUUACAUUUUGUAGCUAUUAGAUGUAAUGAUUUAUAUUGUUAUAUUAAUAAACAGUUGGAACAGUUGUAAUCUUCAGAUUGUUUUUUUCUUCAUGGCCAUUAUUCCUGUGCCAGCUGAGAUGCUUCAGUCUAUCCCCAUUCUGUUAGCUUCAAUGUACCUGUAGCUAUGUUAUCUUGCUGUAAUAUGAAACUAGUUACUUUAAUUGUUGGUACCUUGAUUCAAAUUUAUAAAGUAAAAAUUUGAAGAAUA